AUGAUGAUGCCCGGCACAAGCUAUCCGCCGGCGGCGCAGAGCCACGGCCCGCCGCCAACGGCGAUCAUCAGCCCACAAUUUUGCGUGGGUUACCCGGUUGACUUGACCGUCGUGCGCAAGAUGUUGACGUUGUCGGAGGGGAAUUUCGGCGUGACGGAUGUCAACGGCAACCUAAUGUUCAAAGUCAAAGGCAAGCUGCUCAGCCUCCACGAAAAGCGAACCUUGCUCGAUGCUGCCGGAAACCCUAUCGUCACUUUCCGGCAGAAGAUGCUAUCCGCACGUAGUAGAUGGCAAGUGUUUAGAGGAGAGAGUACAGAUCCAAAGGACAUGCUUUUUAGUGUGAGAAGAUCUUCAUUCUUACAGCUAAAGACAAAACUCGACGUGUUCUUAGCUUCGAACGUGUCAGAGCAAGUUUGCGACUUUAGAGUCGAAGGCAACUGGUUCGAGUCCUCUUGCGUAAUAUACGCCGGAAAAUCCAACAACAUUGUUGCCCAGAUGAAGAGAAAUCACACUGCCCAAAGUCUUUUGCUAGGGAAAGAUAACUUUGGGGUGACCGUAUAUCCGAACGUCGAUUAUGCUUUUAUCAUUGCACUUAUCGUGCUUCUCGAAGAAAUCAACACGGAUGGUCUCGAGUAA